GACCUGCAGCAGCAGCAGCAGCAGCAGCCUCAGCUCGAGCCGCCGCCGGCUGCCCUGCCUCACCUUUAACCGCAGGACACCUGGACAAGCGCUGGAGCCGCCACUGGACUUCUUCUUCUUCACUUUGAGGAGUUUUUAACUGAGGAACAUAACUGAAGACUGAGGAGCAGCUCCUGGAUGUCUUUUGGCUCGUGGGGAUUUUUUUUUUCCUUUCCCCGAGGUGUCAUCACCUGGAUUGUGUCUCCUGAGACGUCUUUUAUUUGUGGCGGAAAGUCAGACUGGAAAGUUUGAGAAAGGACAUAAGAGACUCAUUUUUCUCUGCGUUGCUUUAUCUUUCUCCGUGUGGGACAGGCUGCUGCGGGAAAAAACACGUCUCCACCAUGUUCUGCUCCGGCAGAGUCCUGCAGCAGUGGUGCUUCGCUCUGUUCCUCCUCUGCUCUCCGGUGCCGCACGACGGACGACCCAUCGAUGCCCUGAGCAGCAGAAUAAAACGCUCUGUGACUCACGCUCAGCUGAUGCACGACAAAGGCCGCGCGCUGCAGGACUUCAAGCGUCGCAUGUGGCUGCAGGAGCUUCUGGAUGAAGUCCACACUGCAGAGAUCCGUGACCUCCCGGUCAGAACCACCGGCGGAGGCGGGGGCGGCAGCAGCAGCGGCGCCGGCGUCGGGCUGCCGGGGGUCGGCCUGGGCAUCAACCUGAGCACCACCGGCAGCACCCUGCACUCCAAACCCCCCGGAGCGACCAAGAACCUCCCCAUCAGCUUCCGGCUGGAGGAGGAGGAGGGCACCAACCUGCCGCAGGAGACCAACAAGUCUCAGACGUACAAAGACGGCGUGCUGAAAGCACCCGGCAAGAAGAAGAAGAAAGGAAGGUCCGGGAAGAGGCGGGAAGGAGAGAAGAGGAAGAGGAGGGCGCGUUCGUUGGGCUGGAGGCUGGAGGACGAACCCGGAAGUGGACUCCACCUGGAGUGGAGGUCUCUGCUCGGCCUGCAGAGGGCGCUGCUUUAAAAACGCUGUCAGUCUCUGACAAAGAACCUACGGAGGGUUGGAGUGGACUCCUAAAUACUCAUGUUACAGUCUUCUGUAAUUGUGAUUGUUUGGAAAGAAAUUGGAAAAUAUUUAUUGUCUGUAAAUAUUCUAAAUAUAGCAGAAUAAAUAGCAGAAUACGAUAAAAAAAACUUAUUUGAUGCUCUGUGAGGCAACAGAUUUUAAUCUUUGUGAAUCCUUGCUUUUUUCUUUUUUAUUCCAGUAUGUCAGAUUUUUUUGCGGUAAUUUAUUUUGUCUGAAUGGUGUAUUUAUUUUGUAAAUGUAUCGAGGUGCUGCUGACCUUCUAUAUUUUUGUACCAUAUUGCACUUUAGAUAUAUAAAUAUAAAUAUAUAUACCAUUAAUUUUGUUAUUGACUUGUGUAUGUGGUUGACUGAAAUGAAGAAAAAACAACGGUCGUCAUUCUGUGUUGUUGUUCAGUUUGAUUUUUGACCUUUCGCUCUGCUCAGACGUCCAGUUUUGUGUUUGUCUGCUGCUGUUUGUUCGGAUGUUUGCGGCUCUGAAGCCGUCGUGUUCGACCCUCCUGCUGCCUUCAGUGUCUCUGUUUCCUCCACAUUCUGCUCUGCUUCUCAACGCCAAAGUUCAUGUUUGUACAUAAACCAAACACGGCCCGAUAUUGUUGUUUUUGGCACUUGCACUGAGAUGAAC